ACAAAAGCGGAGUUACUUAUUCUGAAGUUACUCAAAAAAAACGCGCUAAUCGACUAAGUAACCCGCACAAAAAAAGAACCGAAUAUGAUUUGCUUUCAUUUUGACUAAAAACGACCAUAUCUUUCCUAGUUUCAUUUCUUCAACAUUCAACUCACAAAACUCAACAGUCACCACCAUGUCAACAUCUCAAACACCGUCACCGUCGCCGGAGAUAGUCGCCGGGAACGACGACCUUCUCACCGAAAUCCUCUCACACGUCCCCGUUAAACCCCUUCUCCGAUUCAAAUCCGUCAACAAACAAUGGAAUUCCGUCAUUUCCCACCACCGUUUCUCUCUCCUCCAUUGUUACCGCCAUCUUUACCCACCUUCUUCCGCCCUCUUCGUCCUCCACCAUUCCCAAAUCCUCUCUCCUUCUUACGACUUCAUCUCCUUCACUUCUCAACAACAAUGUCGUCCACCCUUUUUCUCUCUCCUUAACUCUCCCCCUUUUCAUAUUCUUCAGUCUUGUAAUGGUCUCUUCCUUUGUUCUUCUGGGGUUCUCAUUUUUGUUUGUAAUCCGACUUCGAAUCAGAAAGUUUGCAUUGAUUUGCCUAUUGCUGGAAUUGAUGAGGGUGAUUGUGAUUCUUCGUUUUUGGGGUUUAAUUUAGGGUUUGAUCCUGCUAGGUCUCCGCAUUAUCAAGUUGUUAGUGUUUCGGGGUCGAAAAUUGAGGAGAAUUCGUAUUCAAUUGAUGUUUAUUCUUCUGGGAAUCGAAAAUGGAGGAGGGGUGUUAUUGAUCCCUUUAAGGGUCCAUUUGAUGUUGAGUUUGAUCAUGGGGUUUAUUGGGAAGGUAGGGUUUACUGGCUUAGUCAUACUGAAACUACGAUAUGUUUCGAUUUCGAUACCGAAUGUGUGGAGUCAUUGGCAAUGCCAAAGGCUAUUGAAGGUGCUUACAUUGAGAGGUUUAGGUACUUUGGUGAAUCUUGUGGGCAUCUACAUUUGAUUGAGAUUCGAACGAAUUGCGUGAGUGAAUUCAAUGUCUUGGAGUUGGAUAGGAAGAGUAAGGCUGAAUGGUUUGUCAAGUACAGGGUUAAUCUUGAUGUUUUAGGACGUGGGUUUGAGGCCGAGCUGUUUCAGGAUCAUAGUGAUAGGUUUGGGCGUGGAUUGCGGUUUUAUGCAUUCUCAAUUCUUGCUGUUGUUCGUGAUAAUGUCGGAGAUGGUGAUGAUGAUUCGGCAUUGGUGAUAUCUAUCCCUGGUAAAGUUAUUACUUACAAUUUUAGAACUAAGGUUUCGAAAUUGUUGUGCAAUGUAGUAGAUGAAAGUGAUAAAUUGUUCCCUUUUAGAGGGUAUAAUGCUUUUCAAUUCAUUGAAAGUAUUUACUGUGUUUGAGAAUAUGCAUACAAUGAACAAUGUUGUUUUUCGAGAUGAUAAUGUAAUUUUAGUGUAUACAAACUCAGUUUACAAUCUUUGACAUUGAUAGGUAGCUGUUGUAUGUAAAUUGGAUCUUCAAAUUUCUUACUUAUGAAUUAUUGGAGCAAUUUGAUGUUAUUUUGUUGGAUACAUGUAUUUGUCAUGUGUUGGUCAGAUAUUCGGAGUAAAUGCCUUACGCAAAUCGGAUUGGUGUUUAAGUUGAAGAUUAGGG